UAUGUUAAAUAAAUUUUCUCCAUUUUGCAUUAACAUUCUAUGAUUUUGACUUGCUUUCAUUUCUUUGGUUCUUCAGGUCUUUCUUCAACUCUAACUCUCUUGAUGUUCGAUUGUUCUGUUUAUGGUGUCUGGCUCGGUGGUGGCGUCGCUGCGACUUACUACUUAUUAUUCAGCACGUUGUGUAGCACAAACAUUUCAUUGUCUGCGCUCACGGAGUCUAACCGAGAGAGAGAAGUAGAGAAGUCUUUCACAAAGUCAUCGGAGAAGAUGUCGUGGCAAUCGUACGUUGACGACCACCUUAUGUGCGAUGUCGAAGGCAACCACCUCACCGCCGCCGCCAUUCUCGGUCAAGACGGCAGUGUCUGGGCUCAGAGCGCCGCUUUCCCUCAGUUGAAGACUGAAGAAAUCAAUGGGAUCACCAAGGACUUCGAGGAGCCUGGGUUUCUUGCCCCGACCGGUUUGUUUCUCGGUGGAGCUAAAUACAUGGUUAUUCAAGGUGAACCUGGAGCUGUCAUCCGAGGGAAGAAGGGACCUGGAGGAGUUACUAUCAAGAAGACGACUCAAGCCUUGGUCAUUGGUAUCUACGAGGAGCCUAUGACUGGAGGUCAAUGCAAUUUGGUUGUGGAGAGGCUCGGGGAUUACCUCAUCGAGUCUGAUCUCUAAAAAUUAUCUUUGUUGUUGGUCUUCUUGUUCCCGGGUUUGGGGUUUGUGCGCCUUGUAAUGGCAUUUGAUGAUAUUAUUUUUUCUUGCAUUUUUAUUUCUUUCAUAAUUUUUAUUCUUGGGUGGAUCUGUGGUUUGAAAUAUUUCUUGGCUUGGCAAACAUAUCAAAUUCAUCCUAAAA